CUGCGCUCCGGCCGGGCUGUCGCGGCCGUUGUCGCCGCCAUGCUGUCGCGAUGCACAGCCGUGGCGGGCGGCUGGGCUCCGUGGAGGCCUGCCUCCUUCCUCCUCAGCUCGGUGCGGCUGGUGGUGUUGGCGGCGGCGGGUCGGCUGCCGGCUUUCUCCACAACCUGCGCGAGGUGCUCAAAGAACAGGCGGCUGAGGCAAAAAAGAGUCAUUUCGGAAAGGAAACUGACACGCUAUUUUGUGGAUCACCGGAAAGUGCGUGUGGUUGGAGGACAAGGAGGAGGAGGGGGUUAUUCUUUUUGUAGUGAACCCAGAAAAAUAUUUGGAGGUCCUGAUGGUGGAAAUGGAGGUGAUGGUGGCCAUGUCAUUUUAAAAGCUGACCGGCAAAUGAAAUCACUUUCUUCAGUCCUCCCCUUCUAUCAGGGUUUUCAUGGAGAGAGAGGAGGAAACAAAAACUGUUACGGAGCUAAUGGUGCAUACGUGUAUGUUAAAGUCCCUAUAGGAACAUUGGUUAAGGAGGAUGGGGAAGUUGUGGCAGACCUCACUCAACAUGGUGAAGAAUAUGUUGCAGCUUAUGGAGGAGCUGGAGGGAAAGGUAAUCGCUUUUUUCUUUCCAAUGAAAACCGAGCUCCAACAUUAUUUACUCCGGGAGAGCCAGGUCAGGAAAGGGUCCUCCAUUUGGAACUGAAGACAACAGCUCAUGCAGGAUUGGUGGGCUUUCCAAACGCUGGCAAAUCAUCACUUUUGAGAGCAAUCUCCAGUGCAAAGCCAGCAGUGGCUGCCUACCCAUUCACAACCUUGAAUCCUCACGUCGGCAUUGUCAACUAUCAAGACUAUGAACAAAUAGCAGUUGCUGACAUUCCUGGCCUAAUAAAAGGUGCUCAUCAAAACAGGGGCCUUGGGAUGGCCUUCCUAAGACAUAUUGAACGCUGUCGCUUUCUCUUAUAUGUGGUGGAUCUCUCUGAGUCUCAGCCAUGGAUUCAACUGCAAGACUUAAAAUAUGAACUGGAACAAUAUAAAAAAGAAUUGUCUGAGAGGCCUUGCGUUGUCAUCGGGAAUAAGAUUGACCUUGCUCAGUCCAGGAUCAAUCUGCCACUCCUUAAAGAACAGAUAAAUGACCGGGUCAUUGCACUGUCUGCAUUGACAGGAGACAACCUAGAGGAACUGUUCUUUCAUUUAAGGGAACUGUAUGAUGCUUAUGUGAAGACAGAACAAUCAAAAGGGCAAAACCCUGUCAAGUGGUAGGAACCAGAACUACUGUGAACUGUACUGGAAGGAGAAAAAAAACCUACCAUAAUUCCAUUAGAUUGCAUCUGUGUGAUGGGUUUUUUUUGUUUUUUUUUUUGUUUUGUUUUGUUUUUAUGCAAGGGGCACAGCAUAUGUAUUUGUUCUGGACUGCUUCAUUGGAAAGAUUUUGUUUGUUCACCUUUGAGGUGUCUCAGGUAUUUUACAACAAUAUUUGAAAAUUGUAAUCAUGAUGGGUGUUGAAUCGGGAACCUGGAUCUUGUUUGGCGUUAGAUAGUUAUGGAAUGAAGAGAAUGCUAUCUAGUAGAAAUGACUGAAAUUCAGGAUCUGUAUGAGAUGCUGGCUUGCUUUCUGAAUCUGAAGUAACUUCUCCAUUUUCAUUAAUCAAAAAUUCUUAAAUAAAAAUACGGAGGUCCCAUGUUAAUUUUGUUUUUACCAUAACCUCUUUCAGUCAUCUUUCUGUUUUGUUGUUGUUUGGUGUUUUUUUGUUUUGGUUUUUUUUUUUUUUUUUUUUUUAAUCAGGCCGCACAGCUCCUCAGUAUUUUUGGGGAGGAGGAGCAUGAAACAUCUGCAAUUAAUGACUGAAAUUAUUUUCUCAUUGGUAUAAAUAAUUUAUCUUUAAAUGAUGGCAGCAGCUAAGUAGCAGUAUAAAAUAGCAUAGCAAGGGAACAGUCAUUUUGAGACUCACUUCUGAGUUCUUCAGUUUCCUUGAGGAAUCUCAAGCAAUGUUCUGAGAAAUUCUAGGCUUAGAUAUUCCAAAUAAAAUAAAAAUACAGUUACUUGCUCUCUUUUUUUUAUUUAAAUAUGUCAUUUUAUGGACAGUGUUCUUUAAUUUUGCUCUAGGCAUUCAUAAGCCUUCAUUUAGAGUGGUGGGUCUUUGCCCUUGCCUGUAUGUUGAAAGUACAGCUGUUUCUGUAUACUCUGGUUAUAUUCUGUGUAAAUGAUGAUUAUCUUCGAAGUGAAAAGUAAAAAUUUAUCAAAGCAUAUUAUUAAGGUUUUUCAUAACAGACCCUAACAGAUUUAUGGAAUGCUGAAGCUCGUACUUCACAAGUCAAGAGCAGCAAUUGUUCUUGAACCUUUACUUAUGUUUCUUGAUUUUUAAAGCAGAUUAACUUCGUCUUCCAAACUGGCAGUCUGGAAUUACAGACCUUGCACAUACUUUGUCACAUCAGUGAAGUACAAAGUAAACUCAUUAGCACCAUCAUCAAAUAAAGAUGUGAUGUUUGUAAACUUCACUUUGUUUUUUCAGGAAAUAGAGUAGUUAAGUUUUAAGGGCAGUUUGCUGCGUUACAAAACAUGCACCUAUCACUUGUCUCUGGUUAAGCUUUGCUUACAGAUAAGGAUUUCAUCAUGUUUAAAAUUGGCUAUUUUCUACUAUAUCAGCAGUAUUAGGAAUUACUCAGUGGGUUUAAAAAAAAAAUCAGCUGUAGCCACUAACUACUUCUGUACACUACAGAAAAGGUGAUAAUUCUCCCUGCUUCUAUCACUUUGCACAUUCUGUUUGAUUUCAUCCCUAAUACUCUAAUGCUUCUGAGUGGUGCAUCCUUUAAAGACUGUCUUUCUUGGAUUCCAUGAACAACGGACUUUAUUCCCUGACUGCCUAUGGCUGGAAAGGGGCAGUCUUGUUCAGUCUCUAAAGCUCAACUCACACCUUCCUGCGGUAUCAGUGUUCGGGGUCAGUUCUGUAAUUAUGAAUUAGAACUAACUUUGCGUGUAUAAGAAAGAAGGUGCAUAUCCCUUCUUAAGAGCAGCAGGUUUUUGUUCUGAAGAAGUGCAAGGUCAACUUGAAUGCCUGAAUUGCUUAAUAAAAAUUUGGUCAAAACAGGUAAUUACCUCUCUUAAAUCCACAUUCUCAGUGUUUCUAUCUGUGAUCAGGUAUGGAAAGUAAUUAUGCAUUAUAAGCAGUUAUAUUGGUAUAAAUAUGGUCAGGAAAAAAAUAAAAUAUUAGAUCCCAAA